CCGAGACAUUUAGUCAACAGUUUCGAUUCUAAGAGAUUCUAAACAACUUACGAUCAGCAUCAUGAAAGUAUUGAUUGUGUUUGCCGCCUUCGCAGUUCUGUGUUUGGCAUCUGCCGCGGAGCUAACUGAUUCCCAAAAAGCUGAGAUUAAGCAGCGGGCUAAGGCUUGCGCCAAGCAGGAGGGAAUCACCAAGGAGCAAGCUAUUGCCCUGCGAUCCGGAAACUUUGCGGACACCGAUCCGAAGGUAAAGUGCUUCGCCAACUGUUUCCUGGAGCAGAGCGGCCUGCUGGCCAAUGGUCAGAUUAAACCUGAUGUGGUUUUGGCCAAACUGAGUCCCAUCGCCGGCGAAGCCAAGGUCAAGGAGGUGCAGGCCAAGUGCGACUCGAUCAAGGGAACCGACAAGUGCGAUACCGGCUAUCAGCUGUACAAGUGCUACUACGAAAACCGCGCCCAAAUCUAAGAAAAGAAAGUAAAUUGUUAACCGAGCCCAGACAUUGAAAAUUAUCAAAUAAAAUAAACCCAUUUUGAGCUGCAAAAUAA